AAGAAAACAAAAAGAUUUUGGCUCAUCUUCACUUCUUUGAUGGCCGUCACUUGCCUCACUGCUGUUGACAUGACCAUCAUCAGCACGACGCUACCCACCAUCGUACUCGAUCUACCAAAGUCCGACAUACCCGCAUCAUGGGUCACUUCUGCUUUCUUGCUCUCCACAACCGCAUUUCAACCUUUCUUUGGUGGCCUUGCCGACGUCGUCGGACGCAGAAACGCACUCGUCUCUGCCGUCAUCUUCUUCUUGGGCGGGAGCGUUUUUGCAGCUCUAUCGAACUCUAUGCUCCUGCUCGUCAUCGGUCGAGGCAUCCAAGGAGUCGGCGGCGGCGGCGUUCAAGCCGUAGCGGAGAUUAUCAUGUCGGACCUGACGACGCUGCGAGAGCGGGGCUUGUAUGUCGGCCUCAUUAGUCUCGUCUUCGCGGUCGCAUCAUUCAUCGCUCCCGUUCUCGGUGGCGUCUUUAGCGACUGGAACUGGCGCUGGGUAUUUUGGAUCAAUUUGCCCAUCGGUGCGGUGGCGCUGGCCAUGAUCAUCCCCUCGAUGAAGCUUCGCACUCCAGAGAUGUCGUUCAUGGCAAAGGUCCACCGGAUGGACCUCUUUGCCAAUUUCGUCCUCCUGGGAAGCGUGAUUAGUCUUCUCAUCGGCAUCACCGACGGCGGCGUCCUUCACCCUUGGUCAUCCUGGCGCGUCAUCGGGCCCCUGAUUGGAGGAGGCACCGGCCUGAUCCUCUUUUUCUGUCUCGAACUCAUCCCCAACCCCCUGGCGAGAGAUCCUGUUCUCCCGCGUCGCCUCUUCAGCAACCGGACGGCGGCCACUUGCUUCUUCAUGACGUUCACUCACGGCAUCAUCACCUACGGCCUCAUCUAUAUGCUGCCCAUCUACUUUCAGUCGAUCAAGGGCGCCUCGCCACUCAAAUCGGCCAUCGACAUGUUUCCUGCCACAGCACCUGGUCCUAUCGCGGCCAUUAUUGCGGGUGUCAUCAUGGCCUUGACGGGAAAGUACAAGAUUCAGAUAGCCAUCUGGUGGGCCGUGCUGUGCGGUGGAUGCGCAUGCAUCUACCUCCUCGAUCAGGACACAAGAGUGUGGGAGAGCGUCGUCUUCCAGCUCAUUGGCGGUUUUGGUGUCGGAGCUCUCUUCAGCCUCACAUUGCCUCCGAUCCAGGCCUCGUUGCCUGUUGAGGAGCUUGCUCACGCGACGGCUACCUUUGCAUUCUGCCGUAGCUUUGGAAGCGUUUGGGGCAUUGCAAUGGGUACGACAAUCUUCAUCUCGACCGUGGACGGCAAACUUCGCCAGGUUCCUGGCCUGGCCGAAAUUGGCCUGACUGGUUCCACCUCACUCGGCUUCGCCACAGAGCUGGGCAAGCUCCCUCUCGAGUUGCAGCAACCAGCAAAGGACGCCUUCAUGCACGCGCUCAAGUGGGCAUUCAUGGCGUACAUUCCCCUUGCCGGCAUCUCUUUCCUCAUCUGCUUCCUUGUCAAGGAUUUGCCCUUGCCCGACUUCAACGAAUCCCAGCACGGACUCGACGAAUCUGCC